AAAUUUCUUAUUGGAUUUUGUUCUCUCUAAAAUAUUAGUGAUUUUGUCAUUUCUCAUUUAAGUGUUCUUUUGAAACUUCUCAGUCUCAGAUCUCUCAAGCUUUGUGACAAUGAAGGUGGUGGUGCUGAAAAUCGAUUACUAUGACGAGAAAUGCCAGAAGAAAGUCAUGAAGACAGUCUCUGGUCAUUCAGGUGUUGUGUCGAUUGCGUUGGACACGAAGGACAAGAAAUUGACAGUGACAGGGGACAUAGAUCCGGUGAGUUUAGUGAGCAAAUUACGGAAGCUUUGCAACACGGAGAUUGUUUCGGUGGGAGCUCCAAAAGCAGCGGAGAAGAAGGAAGAGCCCAAGAAAGAAGCGGCCAAGAAAGAAGAACCAAAGAAAGAUCAAAAGGCUGAAGAUUUGCAGAAGCUGUGGCAGCAGGCAUACCUGCAGCAGGCCUACAAGUAUCCUCCGCAUUAUUACACCAGAACCGUAGAGGAAGAUCCUAAUGCUUGUGUCAUCUGCUAAGUUUAAGAUUUAGAAUAA